AUGGCUGCUCAACAAUCAAACAACAACGCUAACAACGCUGCUUCUACUGUCAAGGCUGAUGCUGCUAAGGACAACUGGGUCAGAAAAGUCAGAGGUGGUUACGCUUCAGGCGGUUGCACCAUCGUUUAA